AUGAUAAAAGCCACUGUUCUUAUUCAAACUGUGGUUCUGACUUCCUUCAGUAUGGCACCCCCCGACGGCACAUAUCACAGGGACAAGCACUCCAAGGAAGAUGGCGACCCCGUAAUCUAUCGGCCAGAUAUUCAAAGUACGACACACGAGCCUGCAGCACCACACGAUACCAGCAAUGUGGGAGCUCUGCAACACAACCAGGUUCGGGCAACAGAGAUGCCUAGUAAUUAUGCCCUUCACGAAGUGCAGGGACCAGCAGUGCCACCAAAAGAUCCUCGAUCUCCAAUGCAGCCCGUCUCAGCAAAGAACCCUUUCAAUAAGAUGAAAAAGAGUUUCAAAGCUCGCGAACGUGAGCGCGAUCGUCAUAGCAGUAAAGACACCCCUUGCGCUCCAAACGAUUCAGAACGUAUCCGAGCUCAGGAUCGGCAAAUUAAAGUGUUAGAAGAUACUGUCAACGAGUGCAAUAUCCACAUUCGAGAUCUAGAGAAGGCAGUACAACAUUAUCAAAGCCGGCUACAAGAAGAGGAAGUUCUCAAGCAAGAACUUUCAUCCAUUCGUCAAAACCUACUAUUAGACGACGAAGACGAACCAUGGGUUAUCGUGAAGAAUUUUGAAGAGAUAAACAAGAAAGUCGAUUCUAUCUCGUUGAAGCUUAGAAAUGCAUUGUGCGGUUCCGACGCACGUCAGGAGUUGACUACGUCCGACCUUGUCGAGGGAUUGACUGUCCACAACGAAUCCACGGUACCUACCAAGGCCAUUCAUCCCAUCGGGGCCGACGAAUUCAUCGAAUUAGGGUGCCGAGCGAUGCUUAAUCGAUUUCUGCUAGAGACGGCCCUUAACCGAAGAAUGAUGAAUCCUGAUUGGGAUGUUACGAGGAAUGAGCUGUGUUACGCCAUCUUAAAGAGUGUUCAGGCAAAGGAGGCUCAAGUUAAUGCCGGAAGGUGGCGUAUCUCAACCUUCAAAACUAUUCCUGCUGAGGCUCAUACUCGCUGGGAGACCGAGACAAAACGUUUCUGUGAUGGAACAAUGCGAUUGGUGGCUCCCGAUAUCAUUGCACUACUCAACCAGGCAUACUCUUGGAGUUAUCGUACGAGGAGCACAAUCCUAAUGUUAGAUUUUCGGGUAGUAUACUAUUCACCUGGCAGUCAAUUCAACAUCUCUUCAGCCGAACUUGAUGGAAGUGAAGCGAAGCUGGGCAUUCCCGAAGUCGUCUUUCUCACUAGCAAACUAGGACUGCUUUCUUAUAAAACAACAGGCGAUGGAAAUCGGCAGAGCGGGGUUCACCACGCGUACGCCCUCAUCUGCGACGGGAUUACUCAUGACAACAGUCUCAAUUUUAACCCUAUCUUCGCGCUCGGCCCCGGCCGGAAUAUCAAAACGGACAUGACGGUGGAUGGAUUUGGGCUGAAAGCCACCACUAGCGUGACCAACUCCAUGGAAAACCUCGUUGCCGCGGAGAAGUCUUAG